AUGUCUCUGAAAACUGGACGUCCGAUUGAAAACGUGUGUAGAAUAUGCCUAAGUAGUGACAACCCAAAAGAGCUCAUUGCUCCCUGUAUUUGUAGAGGCACGGUAAAGUAUGUUCACACGACUUGUCUAGCGCAAUGGCGGUAUAGACUUGUGGCGAAUGGAAGGGAAGAGGAAAUUGACUCGUGUACAAUAUGUAAAUUUAAAUAUGUGUUUAAACGGAAAACCAAUUGGGGCUGUAUAUUGGGAACUAAAGAAGACUCAACAAUAUUAUUCACUCCGACGACGACUUCUGCCGCAACACCAAACCAUCCUUUCUAUCCUCCUAUUUGUAAUCGUCGUUCUCUAAAACCGCAAUUACAAGAACAAGUUGUUGUUUCGGACUAUCUACUCUUCCCGCAGAUAAUGACUGCACAAUUCUGGUUCGAUUUUCUCUGUAAGCCGGAAGUUCAUCAUCUUCAUCUUGGUCUUUUCUUUCUCGGGUCGCUGAAUAAUGUUUUCACCGCGUAUGCGAUGAUGAGCGAUGUCUACGAUAUGAUGGUUACUGAGAAUCCGCGACGAAAGAUAAAACAAGUGGUGUUGAUUUAUACGAGCUUAUUCGUUGCUUGUUUCUGGUUUCAUUAUAACAUUUCGGCGUUUCGUGUUGCGUCAACUCAAGAAUUUUUGCAAGAAUUACCUUUCUGGGUGUUACGUUGGAUAACAGUGAGUAUGGCUAUCGUUGACUUUGGGUUACGGAGAAUAUAUUGGGAAUUGGAUAGGUUAGAAUUUGAUGAUGCCGAAGUAAUUUCGGUGCAAGAACUUAAAAAACAUUGA